AUGGAGAAGAUUAAGAGAGCAGCGCAACAGAAAUGCACCCAAAACCUGUAUUCCAUCCUCGCCGGCUAUGGCAGACGUUUGGAGAAGCUGGCGAACGAAACCUUUUCUGAGAACUACCAGGAAUGCAAUGCCUAUCUUCGCCAUAAGAUGACCAUGAUCAGUCCGAAGGUGCUGCGCCAGCACAACAUACCUUACAACAAGAUCACGCAGGAGGCGGGCGAAAUCAUGAUCACAUUUCCCUUCGGGUACCAUGCCGGGUUCAACCAUGGCUUCAACGGCGCCGAGUCGACCAACUUCGCGUCGAAGCGUUGGAUCGAGUACGGCAAGCGGGCUAGUAUUUGCCGAUGCCGCAGCGACAUGGUUAAGAUCUCAAUGGAGACCUUUGUGCGCCGUUUCCAGCCAGAGCGGUACGAUAAUUGGCUGAAAGGUCAGGACAUGGGCUGUCACCCCGAGGAGCCGGGUAAAAUAUGCGCUGCAGCACCGCCCACUUUGAAUGAGUACGAGCAACAGGAAAGCUUACGUGCUGCCAAAUUCAAGGAAGAAUCUCCGCAAAAGCGAGGCUGCUCGCUGGCUGGCAAUGGAUGUGAAGAAAACGCGGAAUCCACCGAGGAUGUCGACGAUAAGGCCAGCGUGAGCAGCUAUAGCAGCUGCCGCCAGCUGCAGCCAGUUGUCAAACUACGCAAACUCCCAACAAUUGCGUCUGUACCUGAACCAUCUUCCGCGCCCAAGAGAUACGACUUCAACACUGAGGCUGUGGUGCGCGUAAAGCGGCUAUGGAAUGAACUGCCCUGUCCCGAUCCCGGGGCCAACCUGCUCACCAACGGUGUAGUAAAGAACACCAAACGUAUGCGCUUCCAGACAAAAGUACUCACACUUGACGACGAGGAUUGAGGAUUCCAGAUGUGGCACUGCUUGCUGGCAGUUUUUUGAUCUCCUUGUUAGAUUUUCGCGCCGCAGCAAUCAAAGAUCUAGUAGUGAUAUUCUUCUGGUAAAUUUUUAUACAUUUUAAGCAGACAUGACGACAUCACAAAGAAGAUAUGUGUGUAUAAUUUAGGAGACAAGCAAAUUCUUGCAAUCAAAUAUGUUCUUGGAUCAAAUAUGUUUAAAUUUUUAAGCUGUAGCUGUAGGACAGACUGCAUUUUUCCGUUCACAUUUUAAUUUAUCAAGUGUCUGUUCCCACCGAAAGAAGUAUUGCAACACAAUUUAAAUCUGAUAAAGCCAAAA